UUCUUGGGUCUCUUGUUAAGUGUUAAUUGUUCGCCAAAAUUAAUUUAUAAAAAGUACUACACGGACGAGGGAAUCCCAAUUUAACGACCAUGGCUUCCGAGCAAAUAGAAUCCAAAAAUGACAAAAGAAAGAAGGCAGUAAUUAUGAGUAACGACAGAGCGCUCAAAUUGAUUCAAUUGAUUAAAAACAGAGAAUGUCUGUGGAAUAAGUUGCACCGUACAGGCAUUAACCAAUCCCAAGUAGCUGAUGCGUGGAAGGAAGUGUCCAUUAAAAUGCAACUUCCCGUAGAUUUUCUUCAACAGAAAUGGAAUUCACUUCAAGGCACCUUUCGGCAUGUUAGGGCCAUCCAUGAAAAAAUCAUCGCAACUGCCCCAGAUGCCAAGAAUGUGCGACAACCUACUUGGUUUGCCUAUCGAGCGAUGCUGUUUCUGAAUCACGUCAAUGUUUCGCGCGUAAAGGCGGAGUCUUCGAACCAACAGUUGAUUUGUAAUGUAAGAGUUGAAGCUAAUUCAACUCACGAGGAACAGAAAUACGGUGACGUUAACCAAGAGGGGUUGGAUAUAUUUGCCAACGAAUCCAAAAUUAGUAAAACGAGGUCAUUUAAACUGAGUCACGCUAGAACGCUUCAAUUGAUUCAAUUAAUUAAAAACAGGAAAUGCCUAUGGAAUAAGUACCACCCAACAGCCAUCAACCAAUCCGUAGAUGAUGCGUGGAAGGAAGUAUCUAUUAAAAUGAGACUUCCUGUGGAUUUCCUUAAACAUAGAUGGAACUCACUAAAAGGUUCCUAUAGGGGUAGAAAAUCCAUCCGUGCCAAAGCUAUCGCUGCUGCUUCUGACGGCAAAAGUGUACGACCACCCUGUUGGUUUGCAUACGAAUCGAUGCUGUUCUUAAAUGAAGUCAGUGUUUGGCGCGUAAAGGCAGAAUCUUCGAACCAACAGUCGAUUUGUAAUGUAACAGUUGAAGGUAAUUCAACUCAUGAGCAACAGGGUGAAAUCAACGAAGAGGCGUCAGAUAUAUUUACGAAUGAAGUUAAACAUUCGGAUAACAUCGCAAUAGACACAUCAAUCACCGAAACGGAAGGGGAUUCGACUUAUGAAGAAUACGGUGAUGUCAACCAAGAGGGGUUGGAUAUAUUUGCCAACGAAUCCAAAAUUACUAAAACGAGGUCAUUUAAACUGAGUCACGCUAGAACGCUUCAAUUGAUUCAAUUAAUUAAAAACAGGAAAUGCCUGUGGAAUAAGUACCAUCCAACAGCCAUCAACCAAUCCGUAGAUGAUGCGUGGAAGGAAGUAUCUAUUAAAAUGAGACUUCCUGUGGAUUUCCUUAAACAUAGAUGGAACUCACUUAAAGGCACCUAUAGGCGCAUUAAAUCCAUCCGUGCCAAACCUCUCGCUGCUGCUUCUGUCGGCAAAAGUGUACGACCACCCGGUUGGUUUGCAUACGAAUCGAUGCUGUUCUUAAAUGAAGUCAGUGUUUGGCGCGUAAAGGCAGAAUCUUCGAACCAACAGUCGAUUUGUAAUGUAACAGUUGAAGGUAAUUCAACUCAUGAGGAACAGGGUGAAAUCAACGAAGAGGCGUCAGAUAUAUUUACGAAUGAAGUUAAACAUUCGGAUAACAUCGCAAUAGACACAUCAAUCCCCGAAACGGAAGGGGAUUCGACUUAUAAAGAAUACGGUGAUGUCAACCAAGAGGGGUUGGAUAUAUUUGCCAACGAAUCCAAAGUUAGUAAAACGAGGUUAAUGCCAAUGUCGCAGAACCGAACGCUUCAAUUGAUUCAAUUAAUUAAAAACAGGGAAUGCUUGUGGAGUAAGUUGCACCGUACAGGCAUUAACCGAUCCCGCAUAGCUAAUGCUUGGAAGGAAGUGUCCAUUAAAAUGCGACUUCCGGUGGAUUUCGUUCAACGGAAAUGGAAAUCGCUUCAAGCUUCCUAUAGAACUUUAAAAUCCAUUCAUACCAAAAGAAUCGCUGCUGCUUCUGACGGCAAUAGUGUACGACAACCACGCUGGUUUGCCUACCGAGAUCUGAUGUUCCUGAACCAAGUACAUGCUUCGCGGGUUAUGCGCCAGCAUACGAUCCCGGAGCCAAUUUAUCAGGUAAUAGUCGAACCUAAUUCGACAUAUGAGGAACACAAUGAUACCGACCAAGAGGUGUCCGAUAUAUUUGCAAAUGAAAUGAAACAUUCGGAUAACAUAGCAAUAGACACUUUAAUCACUAAAACGGAAAGGGAUACAACCUAUGAAGAGCACGGUGAAACCAAAGAAGAGGUGUCCAAUGCCAACGAAAGUGCAUAUAGAGAUAGCAUAGCGACAAACACUGCAAGCAGCGAAUCAGAAGGAGUUCGGUUUGGGGCAUUGAUGGCUAGAAAGUUAGACAAUAUGUCGCCAAUAAGAAGAAAGAGAAUGAUACUGAAACUAGAAAAACUACUUCUGGACGAGGAGGAAGCUCGAUUUGUGGAAAAAUAUGGACCGCUUUAAGAAGAAGAAAUGUUUCAAAUCACA